UCGUGUUGUGGUUGCCUUCGUUGUCUUCAAAUCGUCGUGAUCGGUCAUCGGUGUGUCGCUCUGUGAAAUAGAAAAACAAUAAAAUAAAAGAAUAAGAAAAGAAACCAAACAUCUUGCCAAGUAAACUUUUAUUCUUCUUUCUCCACAAAACAACAACACAUUCAAAAAAUACAUAACUUGCAAAUAAAUUACAAGAAAAAUCCCCAUUUCGAAACCACCCACGAAAAAUACCAAUCAAGUUUUAUUAUUUUAAAUUCCUUCUCAAAUCAACUAAAAAAGAAUUUAUUUCUCGGACUCUCGCUUGGACGAGGUGUGUGGAAGUGGAACUCACUGUGUGUACGCACGUGAAAAUCAAAUCUCUAAAUUUUUCUUUCUUUCCUUUUAUUAAAGUUUUACAAUUCAAUUUAGUCCCCAAAAGCAAAAAUCCAAAAGCCAAACGCAACGAGCACAAAUAUAAUAAAAAUUACGCCAGAGUCGUCGUGAAGGGAGCCAAGUGAAAAUUAAAGAAAAACAAGAUUCCAGUUCCAACUCCAAGGUUGUUUAAUUAAAUUAUUAGUUUUAUUUUUUCGUCGUGUAGCUCUUCAAAAUCUAGAGAAGCUCGCUCGAGCUUCGUAACAAAAUUUGUGGCUCUUCUAUAAAAAUCUCUAAAACGAAAUUAUUGUAGGUUUUUGGUUUAGGACGGGACGGAACGGGUACACGGGCCACACGGGAGGAAGUUAUAGUGAAAUGACGAAAAAAUUAUGUGAAUCACAGCAAAAAUAAAUAAAAUAAAGUAAAAAAGUGCAUCGCACGGAAAAAAUACAAUUUGCCCGGAAAAGGAUUAACACACAGAGAAGAGAAAGAAAAAAGAAGAAGCGAAGUGAAAACGAGGGCACGACAACGAAACGACGACGUACGACGAAGUAAUUUUUUCCUUUUUUUUUAUUUUGUUGAAAUUUUUAAUUGUUUUGGAUCAAAAAAUAAAAAAAAAAUCUCAGGCCACUCGAACAACGCACUGGCAGUGGUAGUGGUAGUGGCACUGGCACCACACCAGGCACUCAGCAGUUCCAGUUCAGUUUGAGUUUUGUUUCGACUUAUUUUCCUCAUUUCGUUCGCAUGCUUCUGUCCAGCAACCCGGAGAAGCUCUGUUGGAAUGUCAAAGCGGAAGAAAUAUCUCUGUCGGCGGAUGUAAGAGUACAGCAAUCGGCAUGUGGUCCUUCGAAUAGCAUCAUUCCAUCAUUACUCCAGCACAAUUGAAUGCAGCAAUUUAUUCAUUCAAACAGAAACUGAAAUAGAAACAGAAACAAAAGAAUAAGGACAUCAGAUCAGGAAAAGAAGAAAAAGAAAAAGAAAGCUCUCCAACAACGAACUUAAGAGUAAUAGUAAAAACAACAACCACAUCGCACCAACAACAAUAAAAAGAAACCCUCCCUAGUCUUUUAGAAUAGUUUAUUUUUUAUUGUAUUUGGAUCGUCCUCCUUCUCAAGUCCUUGAUAAAUCAACACUCAACAAAAACAAAAAACAAAAAUCCAAAUCCAAAGGCCAAAACCGACAACACCAGUGUUCAAGCAAUAUACCCUGUCAAAAUACAACCCGUGAUGAUUCCAAAUGUCUGUGGAGUGUGAUAACGUCGUAUAUCCUAGCCAUCGUCAUCUUCGUUGUGGUUGUUGUCGUCUGUGUUGUAGUAAUAGCAACACCAUCCGCAGCACGAGCAACAGCAACAAUCUCUGCCAUUUAAUGAAAGGACAUUUAAGCGCGAAUCGAACUGACUUCGUUUUCAAUUUCGAAUUCGAUUUGUCGUCUGUGGCACCACCAUAACCUCUACUGCAACAACUGUCCUGGUACGGGCGGUCCGCUGGCUGACGUGCCACACAACAAGACACAAAAGAAUCCCCCCCAGCAACACCAACAAAAAUAAAACACAACAUAAACACAAAAAGGACAUCAUCAUAUACUAUUACAACAACGGUGUUAAGUGUACAUAGUUGAGAAUAAAAUUUAAAAUAAAACAAAAAUAAAAACUAAAAGGAAAGAAGGAGAAAAACACUACCCCCAGUAACCGUUUGUUCCUUCUUCAAUGAAUUUAUUGUGCUGCUGUACGAUGGCACCCAACACCAGAGUCACCAGGAAAUGGGAACACUUUGCCGGCAGAAAUAAGUUCUACUGUGAUGGUAUGCUAAUGUCAGCACCGCACACAGGAGUGUUCUAUUUGACGUGUGUCCUGAUUACGGGAACCAGUGCUCUCUUCUUUGUGUUCGAUUGUCCUUUUUUAGCAACGAGAAUAACCCCAGCUAUUCCAGUUGUUGGAGCUGUGCUAUAUUUCUUCACAAUGAGCUCUUUACUACGUACUACGUUUACGGAUCCUGGCGUAAUCCCUCGGGCUUCCCAAGACGAAGCUGCAUAUAUUGAGAAACAAAUUGAAGUGCCAAAUUCACUCAACAGUCCCACAUAUCGGCCUCCGCCGAGAACAAAAGAGGUCCUCGUUAAAGGACAAACGGUCAAAUUAAAGUAUUGUUUCACAUGUAAGAUUUUUAGGCCACCUCGGGCAUCACAUUGCAGUCUAUGUGAUAAUUGUGUAGACCGUUUCGAUCAUCAUUGUCCUUGGGUGGGCAAUUGUGUGGGGAAACGUAACUAUCGGUUCUUCUAUAUGUUUUUAGUGUCAUUAGCAUUUCUUGCUGUAUUUAUAUUUUCAUGCUCAGUAACGCAUUUAGUUUUAUUAUUAAAAACGGAACAAGAAGUUUUCGAAGUGAUUAAGAAAGCGCCAUGUACUGUGAUUGUAACAUUUAUUUGUUUCUUUUCGAUAUGGUCCGUUAUUGGACUAGCUGGAUUCCAUACGUAUCUGACAACUAGUGAUCAGACAACAAACGAAGAUCUCAAAGGAUCAUUUUCAUCGAAAGGUGGACAGCGUGCCGUAAAUCCAUACUCUCGGGGGAAUAUUUGCCUUAAUUGUUUUCACAUAUUAUGUGGUCCAAUGACUCCAUCAUUGAUUGAUAGACGAGGCAUCGCAACUGAUGACUUUAUCAUUCAAAUGAACCAAUCUUCCAUGACGAACCCCCGCAACCAGCUCUCAGAAGUCAUAAGCUCAACCCAAACCGGCAUGAUAACCAGUCAACCUAUGUUAAGUGGCAGUGGUUUGGGAGAUAUGAAGCCUCGAUUAUACGAUGAGUCAAAUCCCUCCUUAGGUGCUUCUGGUCUCGGUGGCGUUGGCAGUGGCGGUGGCGGUGGCAGUGUCUAUCGACCACGCAGCUACGAUAAUUUACAAAACGGUAAUUCCAAUAGUUUAGCCCAUCUGGUCGAAAACGAAAUCCCUCUAUCGAAUAUGGAAAGUCCUCCGACGUCUGGCCUCGGUUUGAUGGCGGCAAAUGUUGUUGGUGUGACUUCUGACAAUAAUAGCAGUGCUGCCAUAUCCCCCAUCACCCCAGACGAUGAUGCCAAUUUCGAUCCAAAUCUAACUCCCGGAACUGGCCUGCGUUCAAAAAACCUCAGCGGUAGCUAUAAUAAUCUAUUCAGCGAAGAGUUCGACCCGACGGAUAGUAAUCUGCUGUCGAGCUAUCACACAGCUCGCUAUUACAUCGAUCCCAAUGAUAGCAAGCUUUUGUCCAGCACUCGAACAGCCCGCUACUAUAAGGGUCCGAAGUCGGGUCUAAUGGCGGCAGCGGCUGCAGGAGUCAGCAGCUGCACCGAGGUGGUUACGACAGACCCGGUGCGACUCAUGAAGUCUGCUUCGGAGUCUGAGAACGUCUAUAGCAAUAUACCAAAUUCAAAUUUGUCGUCGGCCGCGGUGAGCAGUAACGACAGCAAUAAGUCUGAUCCUAGUUUGCAUGUCUAUUCAAAUUUGUUGGAGGAGCGCGAGUUGGCGCAGGACAUCACAGAAGCGACUGCCAUCACCCAGUUGGCUUCUAGUAAUAGCAAAAGCCUCGACGAACGAGUGAUGGCCCCGCCGCCGACGGGUGGUUCGAGUGCCGCUGAUAGUUCCACGGUCAUGUCAUCGACUCUGUUGAGUGACGAUCUGGAUCUGGACGAUCCGGUGAGUGCAUUUGUCGUCAACAGUCGAAAGAAGUAUGCAUCGACGAGUAAGGCUCGAAUCAAGAGGAAUUCUGACAGCGACAAGGAACUCCAUAGUGUAGUAACAUCACCUAACAGUGGUGGUGGUAAUGCCGGUUCCGGUGGUGGUGGUGGUGCUGGCUCUUCUGAUACUGUUCGAGGAGCCUCAAACACAUCCAUGAAUCAGUCCGAUGCGAUAACGCCGAGUCGGAUGAGGCUGCUCCAUGACACCACGAUGAUAGAUACAGCAUUAGAUUUGGAUAGUUUAGAUGGCUCCAGUAUUGGAAACAAUUCACAAGCGUGUCUUGUGAAAACCGCUAUUGUUUAAAAGCGACCACCCCGAUCUGUGUUAUGGUAUUUUUGUAUUUUUAUUUUUUUUAUUAAUUAAUUGUAUUAUAUGUGUAUAGUUUAUUAUAAUUUGUUUUAAUUUGUUCCUUCGGAAUAGUGUUUUAUUUCGAAGUGGCUGCAUUUAUGCCUUAAGCUUGCAACAAAGCCAUAAUUAUUAUUAUGUAUUCAUUUUAAAUAAUUGUAUUUUUGAUAUGAAUGACUAUUUUUACAGAAUUUUCUAAUUUUGCGCUCUAUUGUUUGUUUCUUUUAUAAAUAUUUAAAUGCGUGUUUCAAAAAAGAAAUUGUUGUGCAAGGAUUAAUUGAAUUCUUUCUUUCCACAAAAAAAAAAACAAAAAUGGUUAUUAGUUAAAUAUUUAGUUGAGAUAUGAGACAAAAAGAAAAAGACAAUUUGUUGCAUAAUUUAUAAAUGAUUUUUUGUUUUAGUUCGAUUUAAAUAUUUCUUAUGAUUAUUUUUUUUUUAAAUUAAAUUUAUUGUUUUUAUUUUUAAGUUAUUUUCUUAUAAAUUUAAAAAAAGGUUUUAUUUUUAAGUUGAAGAAAAAUGUGUGCUUUAGAAAAAGAAGAAAACUAAAAUACAUAAAACAUUUAUAUAAAAAAAGGUGAAAAAUAUGUCUUAUGUUCUUGAAACACUUUUGUUGCGGUUCUUUUAUUUUAUUAAGGGUCUAAACGAUAUUUUAUUCGUGUUUCUAGAUCAUUUUUAACUUUUUAACUCAGCUCGUGAAAGGGAAUCUUUUUACACCAGUAUGAUUCUUAAACAAUUCUUAUUUUCAAUAUUUUCAAAUAAAAUUUGGAAGAAGUAAAAAUUAAAACAAACAUAAGGAUGGUUAAAUAGAUAAUUCUUUUAUUUGUACCGUUAUAAUCAAAUCAAAUCAAAUAGGAACAAAACUAAAUUUUUGGUAAUAAUUUCCUUAGUACUUGUGUAAACAACAAAUCUGAAAUUUUGGUUUUGUGAGAAAGUUUUUAUGUCUACUCUUUAAUCUUUAAUUUUACAACACUCAAUAAAAUAGUUCUCAAUGUUAUUUAGUCCCUAGACCACUAAAAAAACAUACAUUUUUAUCCUUUAAAAUUUGAGCUUUGUUAAGAUUGCAGAUUACUUGGUGUCAUCGUGUUAUUUAAGGAAACGUUAUAAUAUAUCAAGUUAUACGACUUUUUAAAAAUAGAAUUCAUAACAAAAAAUGGUUACACGAUCACUCAACAAAAGUUACCCUUAAGGUACAUACAUAAGUUUGCAUUUUUCCUCCUUUACACUUUAAAGGCAUCAGGGUUUAUGUAGUAAAUGUUUACAAAAUAAAUGCUUUGAAGUUACAUUUUUUUUAGCAAUUGCAGCAAUUGGAGAUUGCUCUCUAAGGUUAGUCUGCUGCAGGAUACAAAGAAUUGUUCUAGGGCUGACUUGGGUGCCAAAAUCUCUCUGUGGAUUGUUUGAUGGAAGAAAUAGAUUAGCUUUAGAUUUUAAUCAGUAAUUUAAACAUCAUAGGUCCAAGACUAAAAAACUUACCAAAACUGUAACUUUUUUAAACUAGACUAUUGUACGUGAUUUUUCCUUUUGCUUUGACCUUUUUAACUGUAUAUCUUUAUAAACUAGGUGCACUCUAUGGCAUUAAGUAAAUAUUUAAUAUACAGUCCCUGGCCAUGUUAUUAGACGCACUUUAGAUUUUAUGCAAAAUCUUAAUUUCCAGCUAUUUUAAUCAGGUUUUCAAAUAUUGCAUUUAAAUUAUUUUGUAUGCAGAAUAUAAACUACUUCCUAGAAAUAAAGCAACAAAUUUAAAAAAUUUUUUUUUGAAUUAAUAUUUUCAGUUAUUUUUGUAGUUUUUUCAAUACUUUGUUGAACCUCCUUUUGCUUUAAUCAAAGAAUCAAUUCUGCGCGGCAUAUUGUCAAUGCAUUAUUUGACUGUUUCCUGCAUUUGUGGGUGGUGAUUCCACUCGUGAAUUACUCUUUCAAUAAGUGACCGCAUCUUUAGCUAAUACGCUCUUCAUCAGCUCCCACACGUUUUCAAUGGGUUCAAAUCAGGGAUUUUUAUCCGCCAAUCCAACAGAGGGAUGUUUUCUUCCCUUAAAUAAGUUUUAAUGGACCGGACUGUGGGGCAUGGAGCUUCAUCUUGCAUACAAAUGUUACCAUACAUCAAUUCUUAAACGUUAAAAAUAGUGCGUCUAAUAGUAUAGCCAGGGACUGUAAUAUAGAGUUUUCAAUUAGUUUGGAUAUAGCUGUACUUCUUUCUAGUCUAGUUGGGUUAUCAUGUGAGAAAAGAGCUCUUCAAACUAACUCUCAAACGUUUAAAUGUCCACUAAAAAACUUAAAAAAAAAAAAAACUAUAGGACGCAGUACAUUUCUUUAUUGUUAUAAAGAGAUGACCAAGAAAUAAUUUCUUCUAAACAUGCACAAGUUUUAAAGCCUACAACUUGUUUUUUAUAAAAUCAUGUUUUUCUUAACUUUUACAACUUUUUUUUUUUAAUUAAUUAAAGGAUUAGGACACCCUAUAAUUUUGAAGACAUCGUUUUUUUUGUCCCAAACUUUUAAAUGCUCGGUUUUCGAAAUUUAGUAUUAAAGGGUUUGCAACAUUAUAUGACAUGAAUAUGACAUAAUUUUGAAUUUUUAAAUUUGAACUCAUAACAAAGAGAAAAUUUUCAACCAAAAACGGUGCACAAGCUCAUAAGGGACUUGAAAGUUAGGCAAGUUUCUAGUAUCUGAUUGUACAGCUGCCAAUAAAUUACCUUCCAAUUAAGGCAACUUUAAUGGAAAGAUGACUGGAAAGUUAAUCAAGAAAAAUCUGCCUAACUAUUAAUUUAAGUCUACUUCUAUCAAAAUGACAGUUGAUCAUGUUUUUUCAUUCAACUGAAAGCUGAACUUUAUUACUCUAUGAUUUAUUUAUUUUCUGCACAACUUCAUUUAAUACAUUCUGGUCUUUUGCCAAUUUGAAGAGAAGUAACUAGUAUUUCUUUACAAUACAAAAUAUAAAUCGUGAUGAACUUGAGGAGUGUUUUGUAGGCAAUAAUUUGUUUGGUACUUUUUGUACUAGGAACUUAAAGUAGAGUUUCGCGAAGUAAAGUUCGGAAUUUGAAACUCAUGACACUUACAAAACUAACUAGUUGUCUUGGUAAAAAUGUACGUUCAAAGAAUGAAGUUGACUGCAAAUGAAGUCCCUUUUGUUACCUGAACCUGCCCAAUUUCAGUUUUUCAUAGUCACAAUUUAAGACCUCUUAGAGUAGAAACCCUUUUACACAACCCAAAAUAAAAUCAGAUCUCGCAAAAGACUAGACUAAUAUUAAGUGUGGUAACGAAUACGAAAAUUGUUUAAGGUUCUUCACAUCGUCUGACUUUAAUUCAAAAAUAUCUAUUUUCAAAUUAUUGUGUCAAUUCCCUUCAAACCCUUAAAAAAAAACAAAAGUCAGUGGUUUUAAAUAACUCUGAUGAUAUUAAAGUUAAGUUAUCUAAACUUUAUUUAAAAUAUUCAAUAUUGGAUGUAUUUAGAUUUUUCGCGAAGCUAUUUGAAAAUCAGGUAAUUUUUUUUCAUUGCUCCACGUUUCAAUUGAUUUUAAAAACUUCCUCAAACAAAUCAAUUCAUAUCAAUUGGACCUUCCAUGAGUCUUAAAAGAUGAUUAUUUAAUCGUGUUAAAUUAAAUUUAUCAACUAUUUUUAAAUUUCCAUUUAAUUUCGAGUGAAAGUGAAAUCCAGAAUCUAGCUUUAAAAAUAAUACUUGAUCGCCGUAUCUUCUAAAUCAAUUUUGUUUUCACUAUUUUAUUAAAACAUUGGUGCCUGUGUUUCUUUUUUUAAAAAAAACUAUAACACUCAUUUUUAAGGAAAAAUUAAAUAUAAGUGCCGCUUCCCAUUCAUGGCCAUAAAGUUCUGGUUUUGAAUAAAAUGUUUAACAUCACUAUUUCUUGUUAUUGUUUCAUAAAAAUUAACCAUUAUUAUUAUUUUGAUUAUUUUUAAGCAACUUAUUGUACCUUAUCAUCUUAUACAAAAUUCCUUUACUGCACAUAGACUAACCCCAACUUUUAUUGCCAGAAAUAAAUACAAGUAUCACAAUUUUGUACGUAUAUAUACUUUUUAGUUAAAUUUACACAAACUGCCAUUAAUUUUUGUCUCCGUUUUUUUAGUUUUAAAGAUGCAAAGAUGAUUAACUACUAUACAUAUUUACU